UGGCGCUAGAGCUUCAGUGAACUGUUGCCCAGAACCUAGGCACUUCAGACAUUUCAUCUCACCCCUUAUUCCGCGUUCACCGUAUAAGUCACCUGCACGUUUGUACCCUGAGAAUCUUCUUUCUGCUCAAUGCUUAGAGCCUGGGUCGAAAGGGAAUUUCAAGUGUUUGAAAGAAAAGGUCUUUACUUACUGCGGGGAGCUGUCUAAGGUGCUGAAGCUUUCCAGGCGUUCGUCUCCUGCAACACCACACGGAGUUAGAUUGCACAUUUUCGUUCCUGGUUUUCAUCCCCCAUGCCUUGGAUAAGACUAAUUUCAGGAUCGUGAAAAUCUCUCCGUAUCAUGGCCCACGUGAGACACUUUCGGACAUUAGUUUCGGGAUUUUACUUCUGGGAAGCUGCACUGUUACUCAGCUUGGUUGCAACAAAGGAAACAGACAGCGCAAGAUCCCGAAGUGCUCCAAUGUCACCUUCUGACUUUCUGGAUAAAUUAAUGGGGAGGACAUCAGGGUAUGAUGCAAGAAUCAGACCCAAUUUUAAAGGCCCUCCUGUUAAUGUCACAUGCAACAUAUUCAUAAACAGCUUUGGCUCUAUCGCUGAGACAACCAUGGAUUACAGAGUGAAUAUCUUUCUCCGUCAGAAAUGGAAUGAUCCUCGCCUUGCAUAUAGUGAAUAUCCUGAUGACUCUUUAGACCUAGACCCUUCCAUGUUGGACUCCAUUUGGAAACCUGAUUUGUUCUUUGCCAAUGAAAAGGGUGCCAACUUUCAUGAAGUUACUACAGACAAUAAACUGUUAAGAAUUUUCAAGAAUGGAAAUGUUCUUUAUUCAAUAAGAUUGACAUUAACACUUUCUUGUCCAAUGGAUCUCAAGAAUUUUCCAAUGGAUGUACAAACAUGUAUAAUGCAACUGGAAAGUUUUGGGUACACAAUGAAUGAUCUCAUUUUUGAAUGGCAAGAUGAGGCACCUGUACAAGUGGCCGAAGGACUCACUUUGCCCCAGUUUCUGCUGAAAGAAGAGAAAGAUUUACGGUACUGCACUAAACAUUACAACACAGGAAAAUUUACGUGUAUAGAAGUGCGAUUCCAUCUUGAACGACAAAUGGGAUACUACCUGAUCCAGAUGUACAUUCCCAGUCUCCUGAUCGUUAUUCUAUCCUGGGUUUCAUUCUGGAUCAAUAUGGAUGCUGCACCAGCAAGGGUAGCCUUGGGAAUAACUACUGUGCUGACUAUGACCACACAGAGCUCAGGAUCACGAGCUUCCUUACCAAAGGUUUCUUAUGUCAAAGCUAUUGACAUUUGGAUGGCAGUAUGCCUCCUUUUUGUGUUUUCAGCACUUCUGGAAUAUGCAGCUGUAAAUUUUGUAUCAAGACAACACAAAGAACUUCUGCGGUUUCGACGAAAGAGAAAGAAUAAGACAGAAGCUUUUGCAUUGGAGAAGUUUUACCGUUUCUCAGACACGGAUGAUGAGGUAAGGGAAAGUCGAUUCAGCUUCACAGCCUAUGGAAUGGGACCAUGUCUGCAAGCAAAAGAUGGUGUGACCCCAAAGGGCCCAAACCAUCCUGCCCAGGUAAUGCCGAAAAGUCCUGAUGAAAUGAGGAAGGUUUUUAUCGACAGAGCCAAGAAGAUUGAUACCAUCUCUCGAGCCUGUUUCCCAUUAGCCUUUUUGAUUUUUAAUAUUUUCUACUGGGUUAUCUAUAAAAUUCUUAGGCAUGAGGAUAUUCAUCAACAACAAGAUUAAGCCUCUGGGGGCAUGCAAGUGCAAAUGAUCAAUUCAAAAGAAAGUUUCCUUGCCAUAGGUAUGUGUAUAGGUGUGUGACCAUCAUAUUAAAAUGGCAUAUGGAAAGGUAUUGUUAUGAUAUGCUAUGCAAAGUCACAAGGCAGAUUAAGAGUCUUUUAAUGAAUACAAAAAUAUAUAUUAUGAGGAUUCUAUUUCAUAUUAAUUUAAGAUUUUCUGUCCUUUCGCAGUAUAUCAUGUAAGUGGAAGUAUUAUUGUCAAUGUGUUUGUAUUGUUAUAUGAAAUCACGUAAUAAUACAUGUGAAAACUACUUUGGAAAUUCUUGGUUUUCAGUUCAAUGACGUUAAAUCUUACAAAAGUAAAAUUUGCACAAUUAACUUUAUAAAUGGAAAGAGUGGAAAUGUUGAAGAUUUUAAAUAUCAGUAGCUUGAGGUUUUAAAAUAUUUUCUUGUACUGUAGCUACAGAACAGAAAAGUAAUCAGUUAAUUUAGUAGUAAACUCAGUAGUUGAAGAUUGUACAUACAAAUACUAUGGGAUCAAGUUAUGUAAUACCAAGGAAAAUUCAUAUUAUAAAAUUAAAACUUAUGUACUACCAAAAAAUUCAAAUUAUAAAAUUAAAAUUAAAAAUUUUAGUAUUUACAUACUAAAUUUAAUUGUUUAGAACAGAUAAUUUCCCUCUUUGGAAAUUUAAAACAAAUGGCUUAAGAGAUCAUACUAUAUAUAAAAUCUACUUUUCUUAACUUUAUAGCUCUAUAAAUGAAGAUGGAAAUACUGAAAACAACAGCAUUGUUUUUAAAUAAGUGUUAUAGCUGUGUAUUUUGAAUUAUUGCCAAAUACCACAAAAUGCAAGCCAGCACCCUUGUUUUGUUAGAUUUUUAAUAGCUGCUUAAUUGUGUAUACAUAAUUAUGUUUAAUGUUUUGAUAUAAUUGAACAAAGUUCAGUAAGAUUUUUAUAUUUUAGCUUAGAAUGAGACUUUAAAAUUCAAUGGGAUUAUAGUAUUUACAUUUUGAUAAAAAUGAAUUUAAUUAAAACAAAAAUGGAUUUAUGAAAGAUUUUUUUAAUAAGAACAGUUCCCAUCAAAGUUAUAUGGGUUCAAACUCUUAGCUCCCAAUGUAAGGAGGGAAGAUUUUAAUUCUAAAUUAUAUAAAUAAGUCAUUUCUAUAAAAUGAGGAUUGGUUGUUUUUAUAUUUCUGAAUUAAUGAUUUCAAUAUAUAUGCCAUGCAGUAGAUGUGAAUAAUUUUAAAUAAAAUUUUUACUUAAAAUUUAUCAAUAACCCCAUGGAAUUAUUUUAACUGCAAUGGGGCAUUAACUCAUUUCAUGCAGCAUAAUUAAGUACAAAUAUAUGAUAGAGUUCUCGGUGAAAUUGCACCAGACUCUGAUUCUUUUUCAGCUUGGCAAUUUUUUGCAUUAUUUUUUACCAGUAUUGUUUUAUUUUUAAAAAGUUCUAGAAUGCUUUUUAGAUACGUUUAGUGAUUGGUCAGAUUUGCUAAAUGGAAACUCAACAUGCCAAAUGAUUGACAGAGAAAGGUUUAAACAUUAAGAAAACAAGUUACUCAGAUUUAAGAGGAAAAAAUAAGCCAGUCUUUGAAUCAAAUGGUAUUAUUUUCUGAACUUUAACCACUCUCAAACUAAAAGCAAGAACUGCCAUUUAAUGUUAAAGUUUCUCAAUGUUAUUGAACUUUGGUCUACCCAAUAGUAGUUUGUAAAAAUAACUUCUGAAAAAAUAAUGUUUAUUCAGCAAUUUUUGCUAGUGGAGGACCAAACUGCCCUCCUUUAUAAAUAAGUUAAAACACUAUGAGGGGAAAAAAAAAAAAUCAUGUUUGUCAUUAACUGCAAAUGCCACAAAUGGAAGAAAGUGUUACUCUUUAUUUACAGAGUAAGUGGGCCGGGACGUUGAACACAGUCUUCUUCAUUUGGUGUGUAUGAAUCAAAACCAUGGGAGUAUAUUCUUGUACUAAAGAUAGAUUAGAGCUAGAUAUGCUGCUUGUGUUCCCUGGGGAUAAGCUGGGUGGUUGGAAGUUAUGAUAAACUACAUUGUCUCAAUAUGUCUCUGAAAUAUUUGAAUACAUUUUUCUGUACUUUACACAUCUUAUUUCAAAAGUUCUCCAUCAUUGUUUCAAUUAAGUGAAUUCUGCCAGAAGCAAACAGAAAUGUAAUGAACUUCUUCCCCCAAAGAAAUUCACAGACAUCGCUUGUUUUCAUAUUUGAGAAUAUUAAAAAAUGUCUCUUUUAUCCCUCAAACUUGGAACGUUAAAAUAUUAGCCACAGGACAACUUGUCAGCAGGAGCAUUGGUAUGGUAGAAAUCUCUUAUCUUAAAAGUAUUAUACUUUGCUUGGGUAUACAUAUUUAUCAUUGUCUUACAAUACUAAGACAAUACUCUGAUGGUUGUGACUCAUAUGGCAACAAUGACAAUAUUUGUAUGAUGGAUUCCAAAUUGUUUAAAGAAAUGUGUCCCCUGGAAUGAACUCUUACAGAUUGUUUAAAACUGGAAAACUACAUUGCAAUUAGCAUUUCAAGGUAGUAGUUGUCUCAGUAAGCCCUGUGUCAAAUCCUAAUAUUUCAAAUCCAAACCAACAAAAAACUAUUAAUGGUGAGAAAAUUCAAAUGUGUUCCUAUACACUAAUUACCCACAUGCAAGUUGGAAUUCUAAUACAGAUUUUCUGAAGUGUUUUAAAGUAGCCACGUUAAAAAGUUUGUAACUUCUGUACAUGCAGUUUAUUGCAAUUUUUCUUAUUAUUAUGUAUCUCAAUCAUUGAAAUUUAUGGUUCCAUAGUAUAUGAAUUUUUAGGAAACCUCAUAUCUUAGCAUAUAUAUGCCAUACU